AUGCGAGCUAACGAAGGCCAUUCUGAUAAUCUAGAGCAGGAGAAUAAAGUCCAAGAGAAGGUCAAAGCAAUCAAAGACCGGAUACAGCGGCUGCUGCAACAGUCCAACUACGACGCUGGUGUGGCCAGCGGAGUGCUCCAAAGCUCAGAUGAGCAGGAGAACACCUGUAUUGCCCCCACCCCUAUUCCCCUCCCCCCAUACGACGACGACCUGAGAUUCGAAGGAGGGUUCGACACACGUAGAACAGGUCCGCAGUAUCUCUAA